AUGUCCGAGUUCAAGCUCAAGGACGUCACCGCUCUGACGCUCCAACCCGGUGAGAAGCGGGAAGUCGACGUCGAGGGCAUUGAAGGUGCCAAAGUUCUACUCGUCAACGCCGCCGGCAAGAUUCAAGCAAUUGGCCCAAAGUGCACUCACUACGGUGCUCCCCUUGCAAAGGGUGUCCUGACCAAAUCUGGUCGAAUCACUUGUCCCUGGCACGGAGCUUGCUUCAGUGCAAAGACGGGCGACGUCGAGGAUGCUCCAGCGUUGGAUGCCCUCCCAGUUUUCAAAGUAACCGAGAAAGACGGCGCCGUGUACAUUUCUGGCGAUGAAGCCACGAUUAAAGCCGGCCGACGACAGCCCAACCUCAAGAGCUCCAGCGGUCAAGUCGAAGGCGACCGGAUCGUGGUAGUCGGCGGAGGUGCUGGUGCAAUGGGUUUGAUCCAAGGUCUCAGGGAAAAUGGCUACAGCGGUCAUGUCACCAUGGUUACGAACGAGGGCAAUCUACCGCUCGACCGAACCAAGCUCUCCAAGGCCCUGAUUGCUGAUGCUUCCAAGCUGGAGUGGAGAAACGCCGACUGGUACAAGAGUGCUUCAGUUGAGGUCGUGCAGGACGAGGUGACUGGUGUUGACUUUUCUGACAAGUUUGUCGUCACCAAGGGAGCUGGCAAAUUCACCUACAGCAAGCUGGUCUUGGCAACAGGUGGUACUCCUCGUAAUCUACCACUUCAAGGCUUCAAAGUGCUGGGCAACAUCUUCCCGCUUCGCUCGGUCAAGGAUACAAAGGCCAUCACAGCCGCCAUCGGCGAGAAGAAGGGCAAGAAGAUUGUCAUUAUUGGCAGCAGUUUUAUCGGCAUGGAAGUCGCCAAUGCAACCGCGAGCGACAACGAUGUAACAGUCAUUGGAAUGGAGGGUGCGCCUCUGGAGCGCAUUCUCGGUAAAGAAAUCGGCGUCGGGUUGCAAAAGGCCUUUGAAGGCAAGGGGGUCAAGUUCUUCAUGAACGCCGCCGUUGACAAGGCAGACCCUUCUGGCUCCGAUCCUUCCAAUGUCGGAUCAGUUGUUUUGAAGGACGGAACCAAACUCGAGGCUGAUCUUGUCAUUCUGGGUAUCGGAGUUUCACCAGCGACAGAAUACUUGAGAGACAAUAAGGUGGUCCGUCUGGAAGAUGAUGGCUCCCUCAAGACCGACGAAAACCUGUCGGUUGUUGGACUCAAGGACGUCUACGCUAUUGGAGACAUUUCGUCCUUCCCCUACCACGGACCUGGUGGAGAUGGCAAAUACAUCCGCAUUGAGCACUGGAAUGUCGCACAACAGUCUGGUCGUGUCGUUGCUAGACACGUCGCUAACCCCACGCUGAAACCCGAGAAGUUUACGCCCAUCUUUUGGUCUGCUCUAGGUGCUCAGCUUCGAUACUGCGGUAACACGGCUGGCGGUUACGAUGAUCUUAUUCUGGAGGGCAAGCCUGAGGAGAACAACUUUGUCGCAUACUACACCAAGGGCGAGACUGUCGUGGCACUGGCCAGUAUGGGCCGAGAUCCAGUCAUGGCCCAGGCCGCAGAGUUGAUGCGCAGAGACAAAAUGCCGUCCAAGAGCCAAAUUAAGAGUGGGCUCGAUAUUCUAUCCACCGGACCUCCAGAGUAG